AUGUGGACUACGACGGUUGCUAGCAUCAGGGAAGCGGCAAGAGAGGUGCUAGGGGUCUCAAAGGGUUACUCUGGCAGACACAAAGGGGACUGGUGGUGGAACGGAGAGGUUCAAGGUAAAGUGGAAGCUAAGAAAGCAGCGUAUCUAAAGCUAGUAGAGAGCACAAACGAGGAAGAGAAGAGGACUAACAGGGAGCUGUAUAAGAAGGCGAGGAAGGAGGCGAAGUUAGCGGUUACGACGGCUAAGACGACUGCUUUUGGACGCUUGUAUGAAGAUUUAGGGGAAAAAGGCGGGGACAGGAAGUUGUACAGGCUAGCCAGAGUGAGAGAGAGGAAGGUUCGGGACCUGGAUCAAGUGAAGUGGGUUCGGGACCUGGAUCAAGUGAAGUGUAUCAAAGACGAGGGAGGGAAAGUUUUGGUGGAGGAUGCCCUUAUUAGACAAAUAUGGCAGUCCUACUUUCAUAAACUCCUGAACGAAAAGGGGAACUGGAACAUCGUUUUAGGCGAAUUGGAGUUCUCUGAGAGCCGCCGCGAUUUUGGAUACUGCAGGCGGGUCAAGGUUGAAGACAUCGAGGGGGUUAUAUGGAAGAUGAGCAAGGGGAGGGCAACCGGGCCAGAUGAAAUACCGGUAGAAUCUUGGAAGAAUGCGGGUAGGGGAGGCUUGGAGUGGCUUACGCUGUUGUUGAAUGUUAUUUUUAGGACGGCGGAGAUGCCUGAAGAGUGGAGAUGGAGCACCAUGAUCCAUUGGUGCUCGACUACAAAAGCUAUUCACCUUGUGAGGAGGUUGGUAGAGCAGUAUAGGGAUAAGAAGACCGACUUGCACAUGGUGUUUGUCGACCUUGAGACUGCUUACGACAAAGUCCCAAGAGAGGGUCUUUGUGGAGAUGUUUGGAAGCUAGAGGUGUUCCCGUAA